UGAACUUUCCUCAUAUAUUACUCAAUUACUACUAUACUCCAACGUGCAUGUGUGGUUCAUAUCACUUUGACCAUAUUUUCUUUGAUUAAACUAUAGUCCAAAAAAAUAAUAAUCAAGAUGAUGUUGCCCUUUUCUCCCUUUUAUUUUUCACCCUUCCAUUUUCCUUUUCUCCUUCAUCCACUUGUAUGAUCAUUCUACCAAAUAUACACUAAAAACCUUACAAAAUCCCUAUAGAAAUUAAGAAAUCAACAAAAACCUUGUCAUGUCUAAUGAUCAAAGAGCUCUAGUCCUAUCAAGCAACAACAAUAAUAGAGACAACAAUCAUGAAGAUCAUCAGGAUCAAGAUCAAGAUCAGAAUCAGAAUCAUCGAGAUGAUCAUAUCAGAGAUAUCCACACUAUGUCACCACCACAACCACCAGUACCACCAAUCAUGAUGAAUAUUAAUCGUGCAGGACGAAGAAGGGAAGCUUGGGAAACAAGUAGUCAUAGAUCAUCAUCUUUGUCCUCAGAGUUAGGAGGAGUUCCAAGUGAGAAUUUCACAACCAUGAGUAGAGAGUUCAAUGCUUUGGUACUUGCUGGAUCUUCUACCGACAACAACAACAAUAAUAAUGGUACAAGUCAUGAAGUUGAAGGUACAAUCAAUAAUAAUUUAGGAAGGAUUUUCGAAGAGGAGACUAUAGUCGAAGAAAAUAAUUCUUUAGCUAUUGUAGCAGAUAAUACGAAUAAUAAUAAUAAUAAUAAUAAUUACAACAAUAAUAAUGCUUAUUUAAACCCUAGUACUCCUUCUCCUAACAAUAAUUUGAGUGAAAUUAGUCAACAAGGAGAAGUGAUUGUACAUAGAGUGAAGAAAGAGGAAGUUGAAUCAAAGAUUAGUGCAUGGCAAACUGCAAAAAUUGCAAAGAUUAAUAAUAGGUUUAAGUGUGAAGAUGCUGUGAUUAAUGGAUGGGAAAAUGAAGAAGUUCAAAAGGCUACUUCAUGGAUGAAGAAAGUGGAGAGGAAGUUAGAAGAGAAAAGAGCAAAAGCACUAGAAAAGAUGCAAAAUGAUAUAGCAAAUGCAAGAAGAAAAGCAGAGGAAAGAAAGGCAUCAGCAGAAGCAAAAAGAGGAACAAAAGUAGCUAGAGUUGUUGAAUUAGCCAAUUUGAUGAGAGCUGUUGGUAGAGCUCCAACAAAACGUUCCUUCUUUUAAAUUUA